UUGUUAAAUGAAAUCAUGGCUGGCCUCGUAAGGAAUUUCUUCUCUUUGCGUGCCUUUACUGAAAUUUCAAGGAGAAGAACUUUCCUUCAGGUCCCUGCUUUGGCAGUCAAACCAGCUAGUUAUUGUUGUUCCGAACCUAAAACCUACACGCAGAUUCUAGUGGAGAAACGAGGAGAGAAAAAUAAUGUUGGUUUCAUUCAGCUUAAUCGGCGCAAGUCGCUGAAUGCUCUGUGUGAAGAAUUGAUGCUUGAACUUAGUCAUGCUCUUGAUGAAUACGAGAAGGACAAAAACGUCGGGGCAAUUGUCAUCACUGGGAUCGGAAAAGCAUUUGCAGCUGGUGCAGAUAUUAAGGAAAUGGAAGGACUUGACUUCACGAAAGUGUAUGGCGGUGAUUUUCUCAGUAACUGGACACAUAUUACAAAGAUUACAAAACCAAUUAUUGCUGCUGUUAAUGGAUUUGCUUUGGGAGGCGGAUGUGAGCUGGCAAUGAUGUGUGACAUCAUAUAUGCAGGGGAAAAAGCCUCGUUUGGGCAACCUGAGAUUAUUCUAGGAACCAUUCCGGGUGCUGGUGGAACGCAGCGCUUGCCAAGGGUUGUUGGCAAGUCUAUGGCCAUGGAAAUGUGUUUGACUGGAGAUAGGGUCAAUGCCCAGCAAGCCUUGCAAGCGGGAUUAGUGAGUAAGGUCUUGCCAGAUGAGCAGCUGGUGGAUGAAGCCGUGAAGACCGCAGAAAAGAUAGCAAGCUACUCUAAAGUUGCCACAUCAAUGUGCAAGGAAGCCAUCAAUACUGCCUAUGAGACGUCAUCUGAAAGAAUGGUCUCCACUUUGAAAGAGACUUUCACACGAAACGAUCGGAGAGAGGGAAUGUCUGCCUUUGUCGCAAAGAGAAAACCAGAAUUCACGGACAGCUAAAGAGCAAUAGUAUUUACUGAGCUAUUAGGCGAGCUGUUUUUUCGUAAAUGAUGUGAGCUAUCGCUCUUUUGUCAGUUGAGAAAGACAUUUCUGCUGAUCAUGGUAACUACAAAUGUAGUGUUUCUAAUCAUGAUCCAUGGUAUUAAAGCACCAGUGAUGUAGUUGAUUUUGAUGUAGGACUGUAGUUGAUAAGUGAAAUCUGUGUGAUCAGCUUUCAAAUUAUCAUCAUAUAAGAAGGGUUCUGUAAUAAAUGAUUUCACACUCAUUAUUAUAAACGUAUAUAUUUUGCAAUACAUUUUAUUGGUUUAUUUGAAGAUUUUUACCUGUUGUUAGCACUAUGUUAAAAGGGUCGUGAUACCUUCAACAAUAAUCACUAUUAAUCAAGGGAUGCUUUGACUGUAGCUGAGAUGGCCAAUUCUAUAUCGCAUUUCUCUAUUAUCAUGCAGCAUCUUAUGCACUGAUAUGCUGCUCUUAUUGAUAUUGUGAUGCUAUAGCUUUUAUCAAAUACACAUUGAUGGAAGUAUUGAAAAGA